CUCCACCUCACUAGCUCCGAAUAUACAGCUACCUCGUUACACCACAAACUGCCCUCAACGCUAGCUGCGAGUGAUGGACACGAUCGCCGCCUGGCCGCAGUUUGACGGGCAAGAGUACAGGACGGUGUGGCCGGAGGAGCAGGAGUACCGGACGGUGUGGUCGGAGCCGCCGAAGCGGCGGGCGGGGCGGAACAAGUUGCAGGAGACACGCCACCCAGUGUACCGCGGCGUGCGCCGCCGUGGCCGGGAAGGGCAGUGGGUGUGCGAGCUGCGCGUGCCGGCCGGAAGUCGGAGUUACUCCCGGAUCUGGCUCGGCACCUUCGCCGGUGCCCAGAUGGCGGCGCGCGCGCACGACUCGGCCGCGCUCGCGCUCUCCGGCCGCGGCGCGUGCCUCAACUUCGCCGACUCCGCCUGGAGGAUGAUGCCCGUCCACGCGGCCGGAUCGUUCAAGUUGGCGGCCGCGCAGGAGAUCAAGGACGCCGUCGCCGUCGCCCUCAAGGAGUUCCAGGAGCAGCAGCGCCCUGCCGACGUGUCAACGGCUCCGUCGUCCACGGCCGAGGAGAGCGCGCUCUCCAUCAUCCCCAGCGACCUGUCGGGGCUUGACAACGAGCACUGGAUCGGCGGCAUGGAGGCCGGGUCGUACUACGCGAGCUUGGCGCAGGGGAUGCUCAUGGAGCCGCCGGCCGACGGAGCUUCUUGGCGGGAGGACCGCGAACACGACGACGGCUUCGACACGUCGCUGUGGAGCUACCAGUGUGAUCAACUGAUUAAGCAAUGUAAAGUUCUAGAGAGUACUGCUAGUGCUAGAUUGUGUUUCACCAAAUAUGGGAAGAACAGAGAGUAAGCAUCGGGGGAAAGGUUUCCCCCCAAAUGUGAAAGCGCUCGGUUUCUAACUUUCUACUCCCGGAAGGGCACAAACGAGCUUCUUUCUUUAUUCAAUAAAUAAAUAGAGAAAUGAGCAGUAG